CUUUUAACUUCAGCAACUCAUCUGAAAAUGUCCGGACGUGGCAAGGGCGGCAAGGGCCUGGGCAAGGGCGGUGCCAAGCGCCACCGCAAGGUGCUUCGCGACAACAUCCAGGGCAUUACCAAGCCCGCUAUCCGCCGUCUGGCUCGUCGUGGCGGUGUGAAGCGUAUCAGCGGCCUGAUCUACGAGGAGACCCGCACGGUGCUCAAGACCUUCCUGGAGAACGUCAUCCGCGACUCGGUCACCUACACCGAGCACGCUCGCCGCAAGACCGUGACUGCUAUGGACGUGGUGUACGCCCUGAAGCGCCAGGGCCGCACCCUGUACGGCUUCGGUGGUUAAGCGGCUUCUGCGCUGCUGCUGCGAAGCUCGGCCGGCGUCUGUGGGAGCGCACGGAUCCAUCGUGACUUGCCCACCACUGGCUGCCUGCCUCUUCAUCCAAACUCGGUGUUUCUCAACACCACCAUGCUCGCAUUAUAGUUUCCGCAAAUUGUUUGGGUGUCGUCUUCGCCAUACGCUGUGAAGCGGGGCGCCUGGCGCCAUAAGUGGGGAGGAGGGGGUUUUGCACAAGGGGAAGAGAGUGCGGAUGCACGGAACACUGGCAUUGAAUUGCAACACCUAGUCGGACCGUGCCGACGUCGCCGGUAAACGCUAGGCUGGAUUGGUGGAGCGACAUGUUGGGUUGGUAUGGGACAGAGUGAGUGACCGGUUGGGACUUGGGAAUGGCGAAGUCGAUCAGGUUGGGUUUGGUGAAGGACACGCCUGGUCCGCUGGUUGGACAAUGUUCUGCCGGGGCACUCGAGUGCCCGCCCGCCGGUCUAAGCUGUGUCACUGGAUUGUUGCUGGGGCGACCCGCUGCUCCAGCUCCGAACCGCGCAACAGGCAGCUGACUUGGUGGGUAGGGCGCCCGCAGGAUGUAGGCUGAAGGCAUCUUCUCCC